AUGAUUUAUAUCUCACCAGAUGUGCUCAGUGAUCCCUCAGGACGGCUCAACUUCCGAGGAAAGGCAGUGCUCCACUCGAAAGGUGUCGACUUCAGCACCGGAACCAGCUUCUCGAUCAAUAUGUCGGAGUUGGAACUUGCAGAAGAGCUCGGACGUGGAAAUUAUGGUACUGUCAAGAAGGUAUUACAUAGACCGACUAAUACUGUGAUGGCUAUGAAGGAAAUACGACUGGAACUGGACGAGGGGAAACUGAAUGCUAUCAUAAUGGAACUCGACAUUCUCCACCGUGCAAUCACACCAGAGAUCGUCGAGUUCUAUGGCGCUUUCUUCAUUGAAUCCUGUGUUUACUAUUGCAUGGAGUACAUGGAUGCCGGAUCACUAGAUCGUUUAUGUGGUGCCGGAGUGCCCGAUCCAGUGCUUGCUCGAAUAACACACGCAAUGGUGCGCGGUCUGCGGUUCUUAAAGGACGAGUUACAAAUCAUACAUCGAGACGUGAAACCGACAAAUGUAUUGAUGAACCGGAAGGGCGAGGUCAAGCUGUGCGACUUCGGCGUUUCUGGUCAAUUGGAGAAGUCAUUAGCGAAGACGAACAUUGGCUGUCAAUCAUAUAUGGCUCCGGAGCGGAUCCAAGGCGAAUCACAGAACAAUCUAGGCACAUAUACCGUGGCCUCCGACGUGUGGUCACUCGGCCUCACAAUGAUCGAGAUGGCGAUGGGCAAAUAUCCUUAUCCACCAGAAACAUACGCGAACGUGUUUGCCCAGUUAAGCGCGAUCGUUCAUGGACCAGCUCCUGAAUUGCCUCCUGGCUAUUCGGAAGAAGCUGAGGCUUUUGUUGCCAUGUGCUUGCGGAAGGAUGCCGCACAGCGACCCACGUAUUCCGAGCUGCUGGAGCAGCCAUUCUUGGUUAAUGAUAGAACCCUUGAGGUGGACAUGGUUGGCUGGGUUGCCAAGGCUAUCGAAUACAAGAAUGCCCAUCGAGUGGCUUCGUCCUCGGGGCCUGAUGGUCCGCCACCAUCUGCCCCAGCACCAGCACCUGAGGACUGA